AUGUACCAAGACGAAGCCUCUUCUUAUGCUCUCAGUAGUGGCGAAGACUCCACAGGGGAAGGGGGGAGCCAAGGCUACACCGUGAGCGAAGGUGGACAAAGCUACUACACACAGACCGGGGAAGGGUCUUCCACUGACAUUUCCAAACACAAACCCUCAGAUGGGUACUGCUGCCUUGUUCCGGGCUGCAAGGCAGUACCGUUCAAACGCAACGCCGAUCUCGACCGGCAUUACAAGAAUAUACACCGCCCCGCAGAGUCCAAAGAGACGUACCAUUGCGAUUAUGCGAAAUGCAGCCGGCGGAGCUCCCCGUUCCAUCGCCGAGACCAUUUCCGCGACCAUUUGCGCGACUACCACAAGGAGAGCAUAGCGAAGCGCGGCAAGCCCAUCCAGACGAAUUGGUCCGAGGGCAACAGUGGUAGAAAGGAGUGGUGGAGGUGUACGAGAUGUCUGCGCAGAGUCAUGGUUGCGACUCAUGGAUUCGAGUGUCCUGAUUGCAAGACAUCUCGAGUACAACCGGAUGAAGAGUCCUCGAAAAAGUGA